AUGGUGUAUUGUGGGAAAGCCUCUCAGGGCUGCCAAAACUGCCGCACGCGACGCAUCAAGUGUGACAAGGUAAAACCAGAAUGCUCACAAUGCAUUCGCGUCGGCAAAAGGUGUCCGGGCUACCGCGACCAACUAUCUCUCAUGUUUCGUGAUGAGAGCAGCAAGGUGAUGCAAAAGGCGCACGCGCAAUGGGGCGUUGGCGAAUCUGGUUCAGAAAUGACCUCACAAUCUUCGUCAAGCUCUUCAGCUUCAUCUAGCGCCUCAACUUCUGCGUCUGCCGCUUCUUCUGUUCCGACCCUGUCGUUCUCGGUAGCACAGCCAGUCGCCAUUGUGCCACCACCACGCCUUCCAACUCCCGUCGACCCGAGCCUCGAAGAACAGGGAGUUCAGUUCUACAUCAACCGCUAUCUCAUCGGCCACCCUGACGAGCCCAAGACUCCAGGCGACCUUUCUUCUACCGAAUGGUUAUGGGACCCCGCAGUACAGGAUGUCAUGGCCGCCAUCGGUCUCGCCAGCUUAUCAAAUCUCAGGGGUGACCAAAACUUGAUGACGACGGCCCGCCAGAGAUAUGGAAUGGCCCUGAAGCAGACUGGCCGCCUCAUCCAGACUUCGGUGACGCCAGACUUUGAGGUUACCAUGCGCUCCGUCGUCAUGCUUGCCAUGUUCGAGGUGUGUGCCCUCAGCCCUGAUUUUUCUUCAUCUUCCUCCCCCAUGUUCAUCCCCGCGCAAAUGUCGGCUACUCCUCUGCCAGCUCCGCUCUCUGAGUGGAUUACGUUCAGUUAUGCUCUUCUUGAUCCCCCCGAUCGCCCAGCUGCCGACCUAGGCAUCUUGAUUUGCCGCUUUAUCGAACUAUCGACUCAUAUUCAGAUACAUGUUCUCAGCGAUGGCCGGUCGCAUACAACCUCGACGCUGAAGCAGCUUUUGGACAUUGACGCAGCAUUUGCGGAAUGGGACCGCAAACUCGGGCCAACUUGGAGAUUCCGCACUGAGAAAACAGACGGUCUACCCCCUACCGCAGUCUUUGAGGGCGAGUACCACAUCUAUUUCGAUAUGUUUGUCGCCCGAAUGUGGGGUCACUACCGCUGGGCGAGGACCCUGCUCAACCGGAUCAUUGCAGACUUUAUCACGAGUCACCCGUUAUCUAGUGCAUCGUUGGUCACAACAUCCGAAUACAAAAACCGGCUCGAGGUAGUUCGGCUCCUGGCCCGAGAUACCCUCAUCAGCACGCCGACACACUGGCGACAUCCCCUCCUUACCGACAAAUUCGCGGUACCAGUGGAGAAUAUGGGAGGAGCAGGCUCAGGUUCAGCUGGUCUUCCGAUCGUUCUUUUCCACCUACAGGCUGCUGCUUGUGGUCCGGGCUCUUUGGAUACAUAUUGGGAUUGGGCUAUUGGGGUGAUGGAGUGCAUUUGGGGCGAUCUGGGCAUCCUCCAUGCCAAGGCCAUGAUGGACUCUAUGAGAUCACAUCGAGACUCGGUCAAGGUAAAAACAGAAAAUGAUUUAAACCCGGGUGAGGUAAAGGGGGUCAGGUAAAGGGCAUGGUAUCGGCCGAGGGUUUUUGGGUGCACAAUCUGGCGCAUAUUCAUGGUGAUUUUUUGGGGGAUUGGGGAUGGUGGUUCAGGCAUGGGCAUCAGGAGCUUCCGUGAGGGUCGUGAAGCUGUAAGCUGUACCACAGUCGGCGACGUUUAGAGUGUUAUGUGCUUUCUCAGGCGUUGAGUUGUUUGGGACACCGCCUGCUAUGGCUUGUUUUGACAGGGUGUCGGCGCAAUACUAUCUCCAUUUGUUGGGUUUCUGC